GUGACUCUGUGCAUAAACAUGUGUAGAGUCUGAUAGGCAUCAAACGGGAAUAAUUUGAAUUGUUCUAUUCUUCCUGAUAAAAUAAAACAAAAUGUUCAGUGACACCUCGUUUUGGUUACCAAAACACUUCCAUAAUAGCACAAUUUGCCAAUGAUAUUACUAAUAAUGACCUUUUGAAUCGUUCAGUAUCAACCCAUCUAUUAAUAGUAAGAAAUCUCAGCCAGUAUAAUAAGUGGUUUAUAGUCAAUGUUAGUUACGACCUUGAAGUAUUUAACAAAAAUACCAAGAAAUAUUGUAGUGGUUUUUAGUUUUGAAAUACCUUCGCCUAUUAGGGUAAAACUAUGCUCUCAUAUUUUUUGCUUUAAACCUGUAAUAUGAAACUAAUGAAUGAAGGUCAUAAAAAUAUAUCCAAUCAAACAUUAUUCUGUACUUGCAACAAUCAUAAUUAUAAUGUAAAAUUAUAACAACCGUCGUUGUAUUUUUAGCAUACAAUUACAAACGCUGAUAAUCAUGGAGGUAUCUAUAUAUUAUCAGACCAUGGCAAAGAAACGAUGGAUGAGCCUUUUGCAAGCAAAUAAUUUCAGUUUCUUUUUUGUCUGAAAGUUCUUAAGUUUUUUUAGUAUUGUUUAAUGGAGUGACUUGAAAAAUAAUGACCUCAAACAAAAAAUCAUACUUCAAAGGACUCAAUAAUCGAUUACAGUAUCGAUGACUCUUAUGUUUGAUUUUGUAUUAAAGGCUUUGAGUACUUGGUUAUGGUCAUUAGGAUUUCUAACAAAAGGAACAUUUAUUUACAUGAUUAUUUACGUGUUUUUUUUCAUUUCAACUUCUGAACAAUUAAAACAUUGUGAUAAUUUUACUUGUUUCACAUCAUUUUUAAAUUAUUAACUUUCUAGUAUAAAAGAAUAUGAUAGGAAUAAGAGUAAAGUUUGGUGCAUCAUGAACCGGCUUAAUAUCCCAGUAGUGAUUUGCUUCCGACUGUUCCAUAGCAGUACUCCAUCUUGUUCCUUCCUAUGCGUUGUCUUGAUUCAUGUAUUUUGUAUUACCGUUCCUACUUAUUUCACUUUAUCAAUAAAUAUUUCAGCGCCUUCAAUUUUUGCUUCUUUUUCCCCUAAAAAUUUUCCAAUUCGUCCUACAAAUUUCUGCACUUAUAAUUUGACGUAAGCCACAUGUCUGUGCGGUGCCCAUUCUGUAUGUAAUUGAUUUUGAAUAUUUUUAGAACUGCGCUCCGUGAACAAUGCUCUCCCUUGUUAGUCUUUAUUGUCAUAUCAAUACAGAGAAAACUUUUAAACUAGGUGUAGAGUUAUUUCACUUGAUUGAUUUGCAUACUAUGCAAGUGCAUGGGCCCUUUAAGUGUUUUAUUGUAUUUUCUGCUACUGUUUAAUUUCACAAAUUACAUGUAUAUUGUUAAUGGUUAUAAUGUUAAUAAUGUUUUUAAAUAUAAAAAAACUGACUUUAAAUCAUGUAAAUUAAGGUAUGUCCAAAUAUCGUAUGUAUUAUAUGCUAUAAAGAUGUUAGACAUGUAAUUCGACCCUAUAUUAAUGGUUGUGUGGCCGCAAGGCGAUGGUUUAUUUGCAUAAAAAUGUAUAUAUCAGUCAUAUUACCUAUAAGGAAUAUUUACAACGAAUUUACAAUAAAGCAAACUUCCUUUUUUAGGGAAAAUACUGAGCUUUCUUUAUAAAUUGACAUCAGCUGUGUAUAUAUAAUUAUGUAAACGUCAGGAUUAUCCAAUGAAAAGUGACGUUACAAGCAUGCAGUAUUAUAAGUUCAAAUAUUGUUAGUAAGAAUUUGUGUAACAACUAUUUUUAUUAUCAUCGUAAGAAAUUCGUACAUUGAUUUUACCUGUUCAAUUUUCCCCCAUUAAUAUCAUUUGGUGACAGAGCUGCAUCAGUACUCAGGGUGUAGAACUUAAGUACCAGUACCAGUACUUGGCAAAUUAUGCGUACCAUUACCAGUACCAGUACUAGAUUUUAGCUCGGUACUGCAGUACCAGUACUUUUUUUGGUGAAGUAAUUAAGUAUCAGUACCAUUACUUUUAUAUAUUCAUCAAAGUUUGAAUAAAUACAGUGUCAAACAAAUAAUUGCAAGUAUUAUUCAGCAAAGAAAUAAAAUCAUAAUUUACUUUAAAGUUAACAUAACAUAUUUACAACUUUAUAGUUUUAACAUACUUGUUACAAACAAUAUUUACAACAUAUAUUCAUGUCAUAUCUAAUUAUGUAGUAACCAGUCAACUGUAUAAAUACAAUGCAAACAUCUUUCAUUUAAAACACAGCAGUCUUUUGUUGCCUUUCACACCUUCACACCUCUGUUCAAUUUAUACCAAAGUAAAUAACAACUUUUUAUGGUGCUAACAAUAUCACUUUUUUCACUUGAAAUGGGAUUAUUUAGAAUAGAAGAAAUUAAUUAGUGUUUAUUUUGCUCUUUUAAUAGUAAAUACAAAGUAAUAACAGAUUUUAAUAAGGAUAUUUUAGGGUAAAGGUUAUUGAGUCUGUUUAUCUUAAUUUAAUUUUUACUUAAAGUCUUUGGUGCUUUUUAUGAUAAAUACUAUGUUAACAUUUGAAGAAAUAUUGCAGCAAAUUAUCUUUAGAUUCAAUAACUUACUUUUUCACAAAAAUAAAAUAAAGUUAAUGUAAUUUACAGCUUUAUUUUAUGAGAAAAAUUGAUGCUAUUUUUAAUUUUUAUCAAAACCAAAAGUACUGGGUAAUGCAGUAGCAGUACCACUUUUUAAGACAGUAAUGCAGUACCAGUAGUAGCAACAUUUUGUAAGAGUAAUUCAGUAUCAGUACAAGUACCAGUACUUGAAAAAUUGCUGCAGUACGUACUGCAGUACCAAUACCAGUAAUGCAGCUCUGUUUGGUGAGCUAUCAAUAAUAAAAAAAAUGAUGAUAAUUUUUGUAGAGCACAAUUUUAAGACACUUUCUAACCUCUUUGACAAGAAAGGUCCGGUAUUUUUUCAAACGCAUGCAACAAAUCAUCAAAAAGAGAGCCUCCAAAAGACAGGUACUUUCUAUAAUGUUUUAACUAAUUAUGUUAGCCAAUGGCUCGGUGUUAUUUCCGUAAUUUAACUUUUGACAAGAUUUACUUAGUUUGUUACAAAACAUAUUAUCGUAUACGACAAUUUAUCCACGAUUUCACACUAACAUACAUUUAGAGUUCAUUAAUUCAAAAUUGCAUUACGAUGAAAUUGCUAAGUUUCUGUCGUACAAAUAUUACACUGUGAGCAGUGUUUUACCAUUUCUGUAUUGACAAUAUGUAAGCAGUUUGGUUUUUAUAGACAGAAUUGUGUACUGAAUGCGUUUAAAGAGGAUCCGUGUGAUAAUAUGAGUGAAGAUGUUGAUGAUGUUCAGGAAGGCUUUGGUCCUUACACAUCUUUUCAAGAAAACGUUUGUACUGAUGUCGAUUCUGGAGCGAAGAUAGUAACAGCAAUAUUUGAUUUUCAAAAGUUUUCUGACGAUGAAAUAAGCUUCAAAAAGCGAGAGAAACUUAAAAUCCGUGAUGAUAUCACAAGUGAUAAUUCUGAUUGGUGUUAUGCUGAACAUUUGUCUACAGGAGAGAAAGGUUACGUUCCUAUUGCCUAUAUCUCUCAUGCCAGCCAAAAACUGAUAUCACAGGACUGGUGGUAUGAUAUUAGCUCACACGCCUCGGAGGAAUUGAUGAGCAAUUCGGACACUCCUGUGGGUACAUUCCUUAUACGUCCAUUUGGCAGAGGACGGAUGUUUGUCUUAACAAUGCUGGUACCAAGUAUUUGUUCAAAUCAAGGAGUUGUUAAACACUAUCGUAUCCUGUCACAAAAUGAUCGACUGUUCAUCAGCCCUAUACAAAAAUUCAGCGACAUCUUUUCGCUUGUGGAACACUAUAAACGAUUUGCUGAUGGUUUGCGGUGCAAACUAAUGUAUACAAUUCCGAAGCAAAAUCCAGUUGUUUAUCCAAGGAGAAUAGAAAUUGAUAGAAAUGCGAUUGAACUUAAAAAUUCAUUUCCUGUCGGCAACUUUGGAGAGCUUUUCAGUGGCAAAUUGUUCAAUACAUUAGAUGUUACCAUCGUGACAAAAUGCAAAAGUGAACAAGGUCCAUUUUUAGAAGGAGCCAACUUACUGUUUAAGUUUCGACAAAGUGAACACUUUGUUAAAAUGAUAGCUGUCGUCCUUGAACCUGAACCAUUUAUGAUUGUACUCGGGGAAACGGUCAAAGACACGCUACAAAGUAACCUCAGAAAAAUUUCUGGAAAAGUGUUAUCUCUUAAAACAUUAACCAGGAUGGCUUCAGAGAUUGCUUAUGGCAUGGCAUUUCUAGAAGGUAGAAAAGGUAUUGUCCAUGGCAAUUUGAAAGCAGAAAACGUUUUAAUUUGUGAACAUGAUAAACUUAAGAUAUUGCACCCAAAACUCAUAAAACUUAUGAAAAGCAGUGAAAACGACAAACAUAGACAAGAUGAAAUUGAAUGGCAAUGGACGGCACCAGAAGUUACAGCAAACGAAAAUGCAUUAAGUACAAAAUCCGACGUUUGGUCGUUUGGAGUUUUGAUGUAUGAAAUGAUCACUUUUGGGGAAGUUCCGUAUUCAGGUUUUGAUAAGGAACCUGUUGAACGUAGUUUAUCCAAAGGACAUCGACUACCAAUACCCAAAGGAAGAUCAAUGCAAUGUCCUGUCGAAUUGUAUAACACUAUACUUCAAUGUUGGCAUCAGAUUCCAGAAUGUAGACUAACAUUUGAAUUCCUUGGAGACCUUCUGCAUGGUUUUACAGACGCUGUUGAAUCUGAGUCUCUUCUAAAAGAUGACGGGUCGAAGUAUAUGUACAUGAGUGGGACAUUGGAGAAUAAACAAGAAGAACUGACGGAAAUAUCAGAAGAUUCAGAGGAACACAUUUAUGUUAAUGCAAACAAUGUUAAAAAGACCGUUGUACAUAAGGAUCAAAGUACAAGCAAAAAAAGUGUUGAUAUAACUCCAGGAUUCAAUGUAACUGCCUUGUACGAUUACACAGCAGGGGACGAUGACGAAAUAUCUUUUGAACCGGGCGAUAUUAUAACAAAUAUUGAACCAAUAGAUGAUGGUUGGUGGGUAGGGACAACAGCAAAUGGAGCACGUGGGAUGUUUCCUGCUAAUUAUGUGGAAGUCUGUGAAAACGCUUACUCGAAAUAGCAAAAUAAUAGUUAUAAGACAUAUUUCAUUUCAGCGAUAACUCUGAUUGGUGUUAUGCUGAACAUGUGUCUACGGGAGAGAAAGGUUUCGUUCAAAUUGCCCAUGCCAGCCAAAAACUGCUUUCACAGAAGUAUGAGAUACUUUUUUCAUUUUUAUAUUCAAUUGACUGCACUAGUUUCGUUCAGAGAUGUUAAGAAGUUAAAAAAAACGUAUUUGACAGUUUAGACAAUUUAAAAUAUUGUGUUAAAGUCGAAGAAGCAAAGAGAAGUACAACAGACCAAGCAUAUCUAGUAUACAUCCGAAACAUUUUCGGACGUAUAAUAAUAUUAUCCCGAUCGUCCGACUAUUAACAAUAGUGUGUCUGUUUUUUAUUUUUUAAACUAUCUAAAGAAAAUUUAAAAUAUUUGACAGAAAUGUUUUUUAUUAUUUGUAAUAAAAAAUAAAGUGUGUAGGCUUGGGCUUCUUCAGAUAAAAUAUCAUUCCAAUUUCGUUUUAGUAUAGUUUUCAUUUUUAUUUAAGUUCAUGGGUAAAAGAGAUUACCCACUCUGUAAUUAUUUGUUUUAAAUAGAUUAUAUCAUUAUUACUAGUAUUCUGUAAGAUGCCUAACUCAACUAAAGAGCAUAAAUUGAUUUUUAUACAUUAUCAUGAUAUUUACAAAAUUUUGAUUCGAAUUUAGUUAUGCAUUAAAGUUAUUUAAAUAGAAAAUAACAACUUGAAUAAAAACUUAUGCGACAAUGUCUUGUCAGUUGUUAUCAUAGGGUAAUGUAUGGUUCAGAUAAAACAUGUUUCGGAAAAUUUUGGUAUCUUUCCUAUUUGACACAUUAUUGUUGAUUCCUCAAAACAUUACAUUUGGGUGUAUAUUGCUAAUCGGUUAUUUUGUUCAUGUUUUUUCCCCGUCAUUUGUAGACUUUACGAUAUGUAUUUAAUGUCUAUGUCUUUUAAUAUUUAUGUAAUUUUAUAAAAUAUUUAAUUUAAAAUGUUAAAAUGUAUAUAGGUGACUAUGACGAAUUACCUUUGACUCGGGCGACAUAAUUUCAUACAUAGAUCCGGUAGAUGAAGAUUUACUGAUAAAAACAACAGCAAAUGAAGCAAAUGGGAGUUUCCGGUCAAAAUGUGAAUGUUUGUGAAAACGCUUAAUAUUCUGAAGUAACAAAAUUAUAGAUUUGAGAAAAUGGCAAUAUACCAAACACUUACAAAUAAACUUAAGACCGAAUAUAUGUACUCGUUAUUUAAGAUACAUCGCCUGCGGAUGAAUAGACAAUGAAUUUCCUUUUCAUGCUUUUAAUAUUACCUAUUAUCUACAUGUAUAUGUUUUUGUAUGAUUUAAAGGUUUUGCAAUUGAUUUACAAGUGAAAAUUACGUUGUCUGCAAUGGACUUUGUAGGCUAAAAUAUACCAUACUAGUAAAUGGACCAAAAGUGAGAAAAUAUUUCUUUUAAAAGUAAGGAAUGGAAUGAAAUUUGAAUAUUUUUGAUAGUUAAAAACACAUUAUAUCUUACAACUCAUUAAAUACAAGUCGUUUCAUAGAUACUAGCGGGAUUUACAAUAUAAUAAUAUAACGAUUAAAGUGAAUUGGUCUCUAAUGGAAGACAUUUAAACAAAUUAAUAACCAUGAAACAUAACAUCAAACCACGAAAGAAUCACAUUUAAUAAUUUUGUAUGUUGAAAUAAGAGACAGAAAGUCACUUUUUUCACAUCUACUGAGUCGUUAGGACUUUG